AUGAGACACUGCCAUAUUAUUCGGUAUGAUUCAUUUCGGUCUGUCCGUAACGACAUCGGCCAUCUCUUUUCACCCUUCAAGGACGCUAAAUCUCUUCAGGAAGCAAUGCGUCGCCACAUAAUAAAGGUUCCAUCGCGUUAUGCAGAUACACCGCGUCAGCGCAUGAGUUGGUUCCGUGGUAGCAUUAGUCUCAUUCUCAGCGAGGCCGCCCGGCGGGGCAGUCAUGCCGUGUCUCGAGCAACAAUGGAAUUGCUGGUGGAACAGUCAGAACAGCUACAACUGAGGGUUGUGGAUCCGAUGUGGGUGAAAAACGCAUUCGCGACGUGCACGAAUGCUGAUGAAAUGCGUGUGAUCGAGCAAAUAAUUCAAAAAUUCCAUGAUAAGCAGUGCACUGAUGGUGAAACAAAACGAGGUUUAUCGCAACAACACCAGAAGGAUGGUGCUCCACUACCACCAGCAUUAUCAAAUAGUACCGGUGGCUUUGAUAGUGCGGAAGGCAGUGUUUCUUUACUUGGCGACUAUUCGGGGUUUGCCCUGGAGUCUCUUAGUAGGCAACGUGUGAGCAGUGUGACUGCGCCAAAUACUUCGUUCUCUCGUUACUUCAUUCGCCAAGGCCUCGUUGCGGAUGAAGCGGAACUAAUGGAACUAUUUAGGGCUAUGAUUGGGCGUAGACCCGCAGCUUUUCGGGUACACACCUCCCAGAUGUACGGAGCCGCCACGGCGGAAAUCAUAAGUGGACGCCCUGGAAUUGAACCACUACACUGGCUUCCAAAGGAGUGCGCUGCCUUUGUUAUGCACGACUCCCCGAACGUACCGCAUUCUGUGCUUCUUGCUAACCGUCAGUUGCUACAUACCCUCGCCAGUGAACACCUCAUUUCAUUUCAGUCAACUUCAAGUAUGUUGCCUGUGCUUCUUCUUGAUCCCCGACCUGGAGACGCAGUUUUAGAUCUCUGUGCGUCACCAGGGAACAAAACAUCCCUGGUGCUUGACUACGUAUCUUCACUCAGAUCCACUUCGUUACCUUCAUCGAACCCACACUUUCAUCACGGGUGCAUUGUCGCGAACGACGUCUCACCCCCUCGGAGCCGUCAGCUGGCGCAGAGGUUACGUAAUAGCAGCCCCACCGUUGCCGUCACUCAGUUUCAUGGCCAGUCUUUGCCACUUGAAACUGGAGCUUCUGGAGGCAAUAAAUACAACAAGAUUCUCGUAGACGCACCGUGCAGUGGUGAGGGUCGCAUGCAACGUGACGCCAUGUCGUGGCGCAUGUGGCAUCCACUACGAGGAUUGCAAUUUAUGCAAACGCAACUACGGUUGCUCCGUCGUGCGGUGAAUUUGUGUUCGGUUGGGGGACACAUUGUGUACUCAACGUGCACACUUAACCCUCUUGAGGAUGAAGCAGUAAUCGCGGCAGUUUUACGUGAUGGUGCAGUGGAGUUGGUGGAGCCUCCACGGGAAUUACGGGAGAAGAGCGGUUGGCGGUUCAGCCGUGGGUUACGGCGCUGGGUUGUACCUUCUCGCGCCGGGGGGUUUCUGAAUACGUUAGCUGAAGCGGAGGCAAAGGGGGAAGGCAACCCGACUACUUUGACAGAUCUCUUCCCUUACGAAGGGAACGAGAAAAUUCAGUCGGCACUUGAGUCUUGCUGCUUGAGGGUGAUGCCGCAUUGUAAUGGAGGGGCCGAAGGCUUUUUCGUUGCAUUGCUGAGGAAAUUACCUGUCAACCUGAAUCAACUUUCGCCCACCAACCACGCCAGCAGAUACGGGACCGUCAAAGUGGAAGGUACCGAGGAUCCCGUGAGGGGAAAUUCAUCCACAGGCGCACUUACAUGUGGAUCUGUAUUACACACCUACGGUGUGGCCAAGCUGGCGGCGGGAAACAUGUUGUUGCAAAGGCUCCUUGGCGGUUUUUUUAGCAACAAUACUUGUCAGCUGGAGUUCUUUUUCUCCAAAUGCAAUCUUUGUGCUGCUUGGAAGGAGGGUCAUGGACUCAUCAUCUUAUCUAACGCUACGUGGUCCCAUCUCGAUGCAACUCCUUCUUCAUUUUGCUCCAAGUCAGAGUUGUUGGAACUUGGAACAACCGUUAUCGAGGCAGAAACCGGAAAUUUAACUGCAGUGGGCGCAUAUCUUUUGCGUCCUUACGCAACAUCACGUGUGCUGAAGCUCCCACUACUGCAGUUGCAAUGGCUUUUGUCUAAUCAGGUGUUGAAGAUAAACGAGCAUCAGAUGGAUCCAACUGUUUUGGCGCGGCGACUGGUUGCGGGUGUGGGCGGCACAUCAAGUGACAUUAACAUGCAACAACAUCAAUUAACGGUGCCUUGGGUAAGAGAUAUAAUGAAUGUUGUUGGGAAACAAGAGGGAAAUUUCAUCGUCUGCUACUCCCCGUCGUCGGGAGACGUUUGUGACAGCGGAAGUUUUCACAAGAGUAAUGAUGCCUGCGGGCUACUUUCUAUCAGCAUUCCCGUCAUUGUGCGAAGGACACCUUCAGUAGAACUGCAUUUGUCAUUAUUUCAUGAUGCACGGCAACUCUGUAGGGCUGUGAUUGGUCGUGUCCUUUCCCACAGGAAAAGAGCUGAUUCACCGGAUGGGGAGAAGAGCGCUCUACAACUUGGUUCUCGUUUUAACGUGAGCGCAACUCUUGGUAUUACGGACCUUGAGGGACGGCGGCUAACACCGCAAGGGCAGAAACGCAAGCUUUACAGCCCAAACCUUUCAAUAUACCCCGUCACAGGGAGCGGCAUGGUCGCCAGUACAGCUAUCGAAGGAAAUAGUGAGGGUGAUCGCACAAAGGAAAAGGAUUACUUCAUCCUGUAG